GAAGCUAAAGAACCAACGGUUGCUAGUGCUAGCUAGCUAGGUCGGCAGCAAUGGCGCCGAGGAUACGGGUGCUCGCGGCACUGGACCAGGCGCGGACGCAGUACUACCACUUCAAGGCCAUCGUCAUCGCCGGCAUGGGCCUCUUCACCGACUCCUACGACCUCUUCUGCAUCUCGCCGGUCAUGAAGAUCUUCGGGCGGGUGUACUACGCGCCAUCGGGAUCAGUAGACGGCAGCGGCAGCGGCCCCGGGGUGACGCCGCCGGCCGUCGUGUCGGCCACCGUCGGCGUGGCGCUGCUGGGCGCGGUGGCCGGGAACGUGGUGUUCGGCGCGCUGGGCGACCGCGUGGGGCGGCGCCGCGUCUACGGCGCGUGCCUGCUGCUGAUGGUGUGCAGCUCCGUCGGGAGCGGCCUCUCCGUGUGCCGGACGCGCCGGUGCGCGCUCGCCAGCCUCUGCUUCUUCCGCUUCCUCCUCGGCGUCGGCGUCGGCGGCGACUACCCGCUGUCGGCCACCAUCAUGUCGGAGUUCGCCAACCGGCGCACCCGCGGCGCGUUCAUCGCCGCCGUGUUCUCCAUGCAGGGGUUCGGCAUCCUCGUCAGCUCCGCCGUCACCAUGGCCGUCGCCGCCGCCUUCGACCACUACACCGGCUACCCCGCGCCGCUCGACACGCCGGAGUGCGCCGACCUCGCCUGGCGGAUCAUACUCAUGGCCGGCGCCGUCCCCGCCGCGCUGACGUACUACUGGAGGAUGUCCAUGCCGGAGACAGCCAGGUAUACGGCGCUGGUGGAGCGCGACGUGGUGAAGGCCACCAACGACAUCGGCCGCGUCCUGGCCGACCUCGACCUGGCCGCCGUCGCCGAGGAAGAGGUGGCGGCGGCGGCGUUGAGCCCGCCUCCGGUGACGACGCCGCCGCCGCCGCGCCCUUCGUACGGCCUCUUCUCGCGCCGCUUCGUCCGGCAGCAUGGGAGAGACCUGUUCGCGUGCGCGGCGGCGUGGUUCCUCCUCGACAUCCCCUACUACAGCAGCACGCUGUUCCAGUCGCAGAUCUACCGGCCAUGGUUCCCGCCGGCGGCGAAGGUGAACGCGUUCCAGGAGGCGUUCAACGUGGCCAAGUUCCAGGCCGUCAUCGCCGUCGCCUCCACCAUCCCGGGCUACUUCGCCGCCAUGCUCCUCAUCGAGCGCGCCGGCCGGCGGCGUCUCCAGAUGGCCGGGUUCCUCCUCAUGGCCGUCUUCCUCUUCGCGCUCGCGGGUCCCUACGAUGGAUACUGGCGCGACCACGCCAAGACCGCCGGCUACAUCGUGCUCUACUCGCUCACCUUCUUCUCCGCCAACCUCGGGCCCAACACCACCACCUUCAUCCUGCCGGCGGAGCUCUUCCCGGCGCGCUUCCGGUCGACCUGCCACGGCCUGUCCGGAGCGGCGGGGAAGCUCGGCGCGCUCGUCGGCUCCAUCGGCUUCCUGUGGGCGUCGCAGCAGAAGGACGGCGCGGCGGCCGGGCACCUGCCGGGCAUCGGCAUGAUGUACGCGCUGUUCGUUCUUGGCGGGAUCUGCCUGCUCGGGCUGGCGCUCACCUACGCGUUCACGCCGGAGACGAUGACGCGGUCGCUGGAGGAGAACGAGAGCAGCGUGCAGGCGCAGAGCCAGGUCGGCGACGGCGGCAGCGAUGCCGGCAAUGGCAGUGAUGGGCUGCGCUUCCACGAACUAAAUGUUCUCAUGGAGGCGGCGACCAAGAGCCCUGUGUCCAUGGCGAGCUCGCACCUCAGCAUGUCGCCUAUCCUUCCGCACCGGAUGUCUCUAUGACAAUGUAAAUUGAACCAAAGUAACUAAAUGUUUAAAAAAGUGAUCAUUUUAUAGUUUU